UUUAGCAGCACCAUCUGAUAGAUGUCGUAGCGCUACUGAAAAGAAGACUCUGGACACUGCUACUCCCAGUGAGAAGAGUCUAAAUCGAGUCACCGACAGCUCCUCAGAUCCAGCACCUGCGGUUCUGAAAAAGAAGAGCAAGGGAGCGGCUUUUAACCUGAAGAUAACAUCAGUCAGGAUCAGUUCUCACCUCAAGUUUUCAAAGAAGAAUAAGAAAGUGCCACCAACGCCACCAACCUGCCUGCCACUGAUCGUCCGUCCACUUCCACCUCUGGACAUGGUCACAAAUCUUCUCACAGAGAAUCAGACGCCCCAGUCUCUUCCUUCAAGAAAACUAAGAAGAGGCUGUCCAGGAUGUUCUCCAGCAUCUCAAACAGGAUCACCAACAUCACCAAAACUCCAAAUAUUUACAAUGAGCAGGAAAUUAAAUCUGACCUGCCUUCCACAGGUAAAAUUGGUGAUGAUGCUGAGCAGCAAGAAACAUUUGCAGAAUCUGCGGUUCUAAAAAAGAAGAGCAAGGGAACGGCUUUUAACCUGAAGAUAACAUCAGUCAGGAUCAGUUCUCACCUCAAGUGUUCAAAGACGAAUAAGAAAGUGGACGCCACCAACCUGCCUGCCACUGAUCGUCCGUCCACUUCCACCACUGGACAUGGUCACAAAUCUUCUCACAAAGAAUCAGACGCCCCAGUCUCUUCCUUCAAGAAAACUAAGAAGAGGCUGUCCAGGAUGUUCUCCAGCAUCAACAACAGCGUCAACCGUAGCAUCAAAACUAUCAACAACAAGCAGGAAAAUAUAUCUGACCUGCCUUCCACAAGUGGAAUUAGUGACAAGUGUGACAAGGAAUGUCACCCUUCUUCUACUAACCUUCCAGCCUCAGAUGACCAUCCAAUCCUGACCUGCAUUAGGAAAUCUGUGGCUUCUACUGAACAAACUGAGCAUGUGAGCGUCACCAGCUAUAUAAAAACUCCAGUUAUUUACAAAGAGCAGGAAACGACAUCUGACCUGCCUUCCGCAAAUGGAAUUGAUGAGGAUGCUGAGCAGAAAGAGACAUUUGCAGUGGACAAGGAAGCCACUUCGAAUACUUCCAAUACACCAGAGCUGGAUGACCAUCCAAUCCUGACCAGCAUCGAGUAUCCUGGGGCUUCUGUUGAACAAACUGAGCAUGUGAGCAACACCAGCACAACCGGUUUCAUCUCAGGGUCUCCUACCAGUUUAGCAGCACCAUCUGAUGGAUGUCGUAGUGGUUUUGAACAGGAGACUCUGCCCAUUGCUACAGUCAGUAAUGCGCAGAAGCAACGUCGGUUAAGUGACAAGUGGCUUCCUUAUCAAGAAAAGAAGAAAGAACUGGAUGAGGACAAAAAAGAACCAACUGCUACAAACCCUUCUUCUACUAACCUCCCAGCCUCUACUUGUAAAACUAGUUUGACCCCAGUGUCCCCUACCAGUUCACCAGCACCAUCUGCUUCUAGGAGAAGGGUGUAUAGGAUUUCCUCCAGCAACUUCAACAGCGCCACCGGCUGGAUAAAAACUCAAGUUAUUUACAAUUUGCAAGAAAAUGUACCUGACCUGCCUUCCACAAGUAGAAUUAGGGACAAGUGGCUUCUUUAUCAAAACAUACAGAAUGAACUCAAUAAGGACAAGGAAGAAUCAACUGCUACAAACACUUCUUCUACUAACCCCCCAGCCUCUACUUUUAAAACUAGUUUGACCCUAGUGUCUCCUACCAGUUCACCAGCACCAUCUGCUUCUACGAGAAAGGUGUUCAAGAUUUCCUUCAGCAACUCCAAAUGGAUAAAAACUCCAGUUAUUUACAACAAGCAGGAAACGACAUCUGACCUGCCUCCCACAAGUGGAAUUGAUGAGGAUGCUGAGCAGCAAGAGACAUUUGCAGUGGACAAGGAAGCCAUCUUCAAUACCUCUAAUACACCACAGCUGGAUGACCAUCCAAUCCUGACCAGCAUCAAGUAUCUUGUGGCUUAUGUUGAACAAACUAAGCAUGUGAGCAUCACCAGCACAACCGGUUUGGUCUCAGGGUCUCCUACCGGUUUAGCAGCACCAUCUGAUGGAUGUCGUGGCGCUUCUGAACAGGAGACUCUGCCCAUUGCUACAGUCAGUAAUGAGCAGAAGCAACCAAGCUGGAACAAUCAGGUUCUAGUCACUGACCUGCCUUCCACACGUAGGUUUAGUGACAAGUGGCUUCCUUUUCAACACAUGAAGAAGGAACUCAAUGAGGACAAGGAAGAAUCGACUGCUACAAACCCUUCUUCUACUAACCCCCCAGCCUCUACUUCUAUAACUAGUUUGACCCCAGUGUCUCUUACCAGUUUACCAGCACCAUCUGCUUCUACGAGAAGGCUGUUCAGUAUUCUCUUUAACAAUUCCAACAGCGUCACCAGCUGGAUAAAAACUCCAGUUAUUUACAACAAGCAGGAAACUACAUCUGACCUGCCUUCCACAAGUGGAAUUGAUAAGAAUGCUGAGCAGCAAGAGACAUUUGCAGUGGACAAGGAAGCCACCUCGUAUACUUCCAAUACACCAGAGCUGGAUGACCAUCCAAUCCUGACCAGCAUCGAAUAUCCUGUGACUUCUGUUGAACAAACUGAGCAUGUGAGCAACACCAGCACAACCGGUUUGGUCUCAGGGUCUCCUACCGGUUUAGCAGCACCAUCUGAUGGAUGUCGUGACGCUUCUGAACAGGAGACUCUGCCCAUUGCUACGCUCAGAAAUGAGCAGAAGCAACCAAGCUGGAACAUUCAGGUUCUAGUCACUGACCUGCCUUCCACAUGUGGGUUAAGUGCCAAGUGGCUUCCUCAUCAAAACAUGAAGGAACUUGAUGAGGACAAAGAAGAAUCGACUGCUACAAACCCUUCUUCUACUAACCCCCCAGCCUCUACUUGUAUAACUAGUUUGACCCCAGUGUCUCCUACCAGUUCACCAGCACCAUCUGCUUCUAGGAGAAGGGUGUAUAGGAUUUCCUCCAGCAACUUCAACAGCGCCACCGGCUGGACAAUAACUCCAGUUUUGUACAUCGAGCAGGAAACGACAUCUGACCUGCCUUCCACAAAUGGAAUUGAUGAGGAUGCUGAGCAGCAAGAGACAUUUGCAGUGGACAAGGAAGCCACCUCGUAUACUUCCAAUACACCACAGCUGGAUGACCAUCCAAUCCUGAGCAGCAUCAAUUCACCAGCACCAUCUGCUUCUACGAGAAAGGUGUUCAAGAUUUCCUUCAGCAACUCCAAAUGGAUAAAAACUCCAGUUAUUUACAAUGAGCAGGAAACUACAUCUGACCUGCCUUCCACAAAUGGAAUUGAUGAGGAUGCUGAGCAGCAAGAGACAUUUGCAGUGGACAAGGAAGCCAUCUUCAAUACCUCUAAUACACCAGAGCUGGAUGACCAUUCAAUCCUGACCAGCAUCAAGUAUCUUGUGGCUUAUGUUGAACAAACUGAGCAUGUGAGCAACACCAGCACAACCGGUUUGGUCUCAGGGUCUCCUACCGGUUUAGCAGCACCAUCUGAUGGAUGUCGUGGCGCUUCUGAACAGGAGACUCUGCCCAUUGCUACAGUCAGUAAUGAGCAGAAGCAACCAAGCUGGAACAAUCAGGUUCUAGUCACUGACCUGCCUUCCACAAGUGGGUUAAGUGCCAAGUGGCUUCCUUAUCAAAACAUGAAGAAGGAACUUGAUGAGGACAAAGAAGAAUCGACUGCUACAAACCCUUCUUCUACUAACCCCCCAGCCUCUACUUCUAUAGCUAGUUUGACCCCAGUGUCUCCUACCAGUUCACCAGCACCAUCUGCUUCUAGGAGAAGGGUGGUCAGGAUUUCCUCCAGCAACUUCAACAGCGCCACCGGCUGGACAAUAACUCCAGUUUUGUACAUCGAGCUGGAAACGACAUCUGACCUGCCUUCCACAAAUGGAAUUGAUGAGGAUGCUGAGCAGCAAGAGACAUUUGCAGUGGACAAGGAAGCCACCUCGAAUACUUCCAAUACACCACAGCUGGAUGACCAUCCAAUCCUGACCAGCAUCGAGUAUCCUGUGGCUUCUGUUGAACAAACUAAGCAUGUGAGCAACACCAGCACAACCGGUUUGGUCUCAGGGUGGGAUAAAGAAGCGUCUGGUGACCGCAACACUUGA